UAUUCAGUGGAUGCGCCGUUAUUAAACUGGACAUUACCUGUGUAACAAACGUUCAUACCGGUGCACGCCUGAUAACAAACCAUUCGUACCCUCUCACGACACUCCGCCCAUCCGGCUUCCACUCAAACUAAAACAGCUAGCUAAAUUAGCUCAGCGCUUCUGUUGGAAAAAUGCUGUAUCCUACCAUAACGCCGCUUUUAUUAUUAAUUUUUAAGGAGGCUGUUUAAGAGUCAGAGGAAACCAAACGUACAUCCGGGAUGUGCUCAGUUGCUGGAUGUGAUUCAUCGCGUCGCAGUGCGCAGCGUUUCAAGUUACCAGAAGACCCGGAGGAGAGGCUGGAAUGGGUCAUGUUUAUAGCUAAAGUCAAUAAGCAGCGUUUUAAAGAGUCAUCGUGGACUGAUAUCUCUGUUUGUAGUGAACAUUUUACAGAAGACGGUCUUAUUAAUGUUGCUGACAGAGUUCAGCUGAAGCCCGGUGCUGUUCCAUCACUGUUUUUAAAUGUGGGAGCAGAGGAGAGCUCGGGUUCGGAAGCUGCAACAGAAGAUGAAACCUCCAGCAGCAUCACAGAGGUUCCUGAGUCUGUUGCCGUCAUUGAAUCAGUGGAAUCAAGUGAUCCGGGUGAAAUGGAUUCGGACGAGGACUGGAAGCCAGCGCAGGAUGUUUUCCCAGUGAAAUUAUUUCCUGCAAAACAAAACGAUGACUCUGUAGAUCCUUUCGAUUUCUGUGAUUUCCUUUCACUUACCCCCAUUCACAGCCAACUCUGCACAGACUGUGGAAGGUUCUUCGAUAGACGAAAACCUCACACAUGUGAGCACAAAAUGAAGCCCUAUUCCUGUUAUAUUUGUGGAAAAAGAUGUGUCAAUGAGGUGGCUCUGAAUUUUCAUAGCAGAAUCCACAAUGAGAACUAUGAGUUUCGUUGCAAAUUCUGCUACGUUACGUUCAAGCUAAAGGCAGGCAAAUUCGCACAUGAGCAGAUCCAUAUAACCCAAGGGAAACCGUACAAAUGUCCGGACUGUUCGGAGACGUUUGCCACAAACAAGGAGCGCAGAAUCCACCUGGAAGAUCACAGAGGAACGAUAGAGUUGAAAUGUCGCUUCUGUGGCCUUGAGUUUUUCCGUGCUCCUUCCAUUCAGAGACAUUUAUUGGUCCAUACUGGAGCAAAACCAUACAAGUGUUCAGUGUGCCAGCGUGGCUUCAACCAGUCAAAUCAUUUGAAGUCCCACAUGCGCCUGCACACAGGGGAGAGGCCUUACAAGUGCCAGCACUGCGACAAAUGUUUCAACCACAAUGUGAGCUUGAAGAACCACAUCCAGCGUUACCACCCUGCACAUUCUGGACCAGAACAGCAGAAAGACACCGAAGGCAACCAGAAAAGUGGUACUAAUAUUUCCCAACCUAAUGGGUUCAGGAAAAGUACAGAACAGGAUCUUGACAGUGAAGAGGAGGAACAGGACACAGAUGAUGAUGAUGAUGAUGAUGAUGAUGCAGAGAUCACAGAUGAUGAGACACAGAUGGAGAGAUUUUAUAGACCUAAAACUCAAAGGGGCACAGGUAGACCAAGAGGAAGGCCUAAAAACUUUGAACCAAACACGGUGAAGGCUAGAAAAUUAAAUGGGAAUAGGCAAAAGAAAAAAUAAUUCUCCUUUGAAGAGAAUGAGGAUGAAUGUUUUGACAUAAGUUUUCAGAAAGUGUAUUUUUAUAUUAUGUAAAUUAUGAAACUGCCUAUAACUGGGUUUACAUGUGAAGAGAAAUGUAUUAUUUGAUUUGAGACUAUUUAAUUAUCGACUUACGUAGUGUGCCAAGUGUUUCGACUGUAUUAAGUACAUGAUAAACAUUUAUGUCAAAUAUAUUAUUCAAAGCUAAUAUUAAACUCCUAAUUUACUUUUCUGUUGUACAUUUUAAGUACAAAAUCUUCAUAACAUUAUCAUGCAUUAUGAUGGUUGAGGUUCACCUGCCAGAAUAAAAAUAAAACAGACUCUCUACCUUUAGCUACCUAUGUUGAAGUACAUUUGAAUUUCUUCAGCAGGAGGUUUAGAAAAACAUUUAAUAGUUUCAUCUCUGACACAACCAGAACAAAGAUCAUGACUGCCUGUUAUCUGUUGAAAAAGAAGAGGCAUCUGCAGAAGAUCUCUGUUAUUGUUCUACAGCUUAGAACAGGUCAGCUCACAAAGAUUUUUAUUUCAUUGUCUAACCAUCCUGCUAUGUAUCUCUUGUUUUUUUCUAGAAUGUUUCAUUCACUAUUUUGAGAUUUAUCUUGGGCCAUUCUUCUCAAAAGUCUCCACACCCUUGUUAAAAUGCCAGGUUUUUGUGAUGUAAAAGGAUAAUCAGAUAAGAAACAAAAUAAUCUGAGGGGGAAGACUGUAAAAGACAAAAAAAAUUAGGACUAUAAUAAAUUAACAGAUUAAUUGAAAUGAAA